GCUGCGAGCAGGCUCUGGGAUGUUUACCAGCUUCGGGGAGAUCAGGCCAUUGUGAUUUUUUUUUUUCUGUAGUACAACUAGCCCCAGCCAGCCAGACCGGGAAUUUACUGCCUGAACUGUUUUCCAACAUGAAUUUUACCGGCAAAACAUGAGUGGCUCCUCGACUCUCAAGGGGUCUGUUUACACUGACUUUAUUUUUAAUGGCAGCUUUCAAGUAGGAAGAGGGGAAUUACAUUUAAGGCUCGGCAGAGGAUAGCUGGAAAUUAGAACUUGAGUGGAGAGUUGAGAGGACCAGUCUCUAGUCUGUGUACACAAAGAAAUUUAGCACUGGGAAAGCUGCCCACAGGUGUUGCCAUCCACUGAGGAAAAAACCCAAGAAGUUGCCGCCCUACUCCAGAUUCACCAGGAAGCCAUGAAAUCGCUGCCCAUGGGAAACUUAGAAGACGGCCUGCUCAGUAAGGUAGACCUGAGGCGCCAGCAGGUUUCCCAGACUGUGGAGGAGGUGCAGAAAGUUGUCCACCGUCUGACCACAGAAAUCAGCCACCAAGACAUUAGAUUUCAAGCUGUGCCUUACUGUGAUACCCACAAUGGGAACAUUAAGGUUUUGGCCCCCAGCCACUUCCUCGUCACCGUCCCGGUGAGAGGCCUGGCUGGGUACCGGGAGGCCAGGGAGCAGCGCUGGCGGUACUACACCCUGCAGGGCACCAGGCUCCCCUGCCCCUUGCGGGACCCCGAGGGCCUGCAGCAAUGGCUGGCGGUGGAGCAGUUUAUGAAGAGCCUGUGGCAGUGGCAUGAGGCCGACGUGAACAUUGAGGGGGACAUCGUGCCCGCCAAGGUCCUGCAGGUGUUCCGGAAGCUGGUGGAGAAUGCCAUCAGAACCUGUCACCUCUCAGGUAAGGUCAGCCUGCUGGCCAACCGCGCUGCAGUCUGGGUUGCCGUGGAAACGUCCGCCUGCCAAGUGGAAGUGGAGCUGGCACCCAUGGUGGAGAUCCCCACCGCCUGGUCCCAGAAAGCCCAGUGGCCUCGGUGUCUGAAGCGCUGGCCCUCCCCGGAGAAAGUGGGGUGCAUCAAGUCGUUUGGGUUCAACCUGCUGGCCUGCUCAAGUUACCACUGGCACCUGAGCUUCCUGCAGGCCGAGCAGGUGCUGCUGCAGCAGCUGGACGAGGACGGGGGCUGCCGCCGGAAGUGCUUCCAGGUCCUGAGGCAGCUGAAGGAGGACGUCUGGUGUCCAGGGAGGCGGCCGGUCAUCACGGCCCACCACCUGCAGACGGUGCUCUUCUGGACCUGCGAGAAGUACCCGCACCCCAAGGACUGGCAGGGCUUCGGCACGGCGCUCCUGCGCCUGGUGAGGAAGCUGCACAAGUGCGUGAGCCAGCACUUCCUGAAACACUACUUCGUCCGCAACACCAACCUCCUCCGCGGGGCCAGCGCCAGCGAGCUGGACGCCGUGGCCCAAAAGCUGGCCGCCUUCCUCAAGAACCCCCAGCUCGGCCCGCCCUGAGGCCGCCCUGGCACGCCGCCCUCGGGCGCCAUCCUUCCCCGGCCCCGGGAGAUGGCGUCGGGGCGGAGAACCGGGCCAGCAGCCAGCUGGUGGCACUGCGGCCCUCGCUACCUCUCUUGGGGACGGCGCUCAGCCACCGUCCCCGAGGCACAGGUUCUGAGCCAGUAACCGGUCACCCGUGCUGUUCCUUGUCCCUUGCUCGGGCUCGGGUCGCCUGGCAGUGGCAGUGGCCUGUGCUCUGUCCCUGCCCGAGUCUGCUGCAAACACAGAAGGCAUUCCCAUGACUUGUGAAAGCCAAGGACCAAAGGGCAGCUCGGCCUGCCGCGGGCUGCGGGCUGCUGGCCGCAGCGCUGUCUUUGGGGCAGGGAUGGAACCUUCCUCCCGCAUAUGGAGCGGACUUGGUCUGGGAUCCGCGUGGAGCGACCUCGGUGUCACGCACCCCUCCGUACAUCCGUUGUGCGCCUCAUUCACUCACUCGCUCACAGAGAAAUGCUCCCUGGACACUGCGGCGACAGCGCGGAGCGAGCGCUGACCGGACGGGGAUGACGCCGCCUGGUGGUGGGGACGAGAAGUGAGCCACGAAGAGAUCCACACAGUGACUCCUGAAGCGUGGAGCUGGGGUCCCGCAAGGGUCCCGGCAGGUGAAAAUGCACACAGCGGAAGGGCAGGGUGGCUACAGACAGGCCUGCAGGUCUCAGGUCACCUGGCCCUGCCCAGCGGGCGACGAGGCAGGGUUGUGAUCUGAGAUGGGCCGCGUGACUUUGGCCCUCUCCUGGGAGCAGAGGGCGUGGUGACGUGACCUGCUUUCUUCGGGAAUGUUCUGGUAACUGCGUAAGGAGGGCCCGAGGCCCACACAGCGGUGCACGCUGAGCAGCUGCUCCGCCAAGCGGGAGCCUCCAGCUCUUCUGGCCCUCAGAGCUUCUCCAAGGGUCAGGCUCCUGUUUGAUUUUUGAGCAUCUCCCCCCAAAACAUGCAUGUAUAUGUGUGUGUGUGUGUAUUGCAAAGUGAAGUUUCUGAAAGCAUGAACCAAUGAUUUUGUUCUAAUAAAAAUUCAUACU